CUGGCAUCUCAUCCUCUCUCUUCUCCUCUGUACCCCAAUGGCAUUAGAGGGACAAGGCACAAUGACUGCCACCUCUGAGAGCCACCUAAAUGACCAAAAUGUCUUGAGGGGCACAAUCAGCAACAACAGAACUGGCCAAGCUGCAGAGACUGGCUCUGGGACAAUAGAGGCCACGACACAGAGUCCAACUACCCCCAGCCCUGUGGCUUCCACCUCUGGCACCUCUCCUGCCUCAGGUACCACCGAGGCCAGGCCUUCACCCACUCUGGGCAGCAGCAUGGAGACACCAACACCUGGACACCCCUCCACAGCCCUCCCAACGGGACAGCCCAAGGUGCAGGGGACGGCCACCUCACCUCCCACGGGGAGCCCCUCGCCCUCCACAGCCACAGCCUCUGCAGGCAGCAGUGCCACCACUCCUCAUGGAGAUGAGGAGAGCUCCACCACGACCCAGGGGGACAUAACAACAACCCAGCCCACUGCCAACACCACCCACUCCCUCCCUUCCACACCCCUGAUGUCCACAAUGAAGGUGACGGGUGGAGAAGGGAGGACAGACACUACAACCAUGGCAAUAACGUCAGGAGGGGGCUCACUGAGGACAUCCAGGAGUGGUGCAGUGAGCCCAGCAUUCCCAACAACAGGAACUGGCACCACCACUGGCCCAGAGAGUGGCACUGCUUCCUCCCCGUCCUUCGGCUCAGCAGUGACGAGCCACUCCUCCUCCUCCUCUCCUGAGGGCUCCUCACCUGUGACUGCCAGCCCACAGCAAAGUGGCACCAGCAGCACCACUGAGAUGCUCUUGGCCACCACAUCCCACCCAUCCGCAUCCCUCGUGUUCUCCACUGCUGGUGUUACAGACACGGGGUCAGACACUGUGACAGCAGAGGAGGUGACACCCAGCCCAGCUCCCAGCACAGCCAGCACGAACCCAGUCUCUUCUGCCUCCAUCCCCUCUCCUGCCUCAGAAACCACUGCACCCAGCCGCUCACCUGCACCAGGCAGCAGCACGGAGACACCAGCACCUGGACACCCCUCCACAGCCCUGGCCUCUGCAGGCAGCAAUGUCACCACUCCUCCUGGAGAAGGGGAAAGUUCCACCAUGAACCAGGAGGACAGGACAACUGAGCCCACUGCCAACACCGCCCACUCCCUCCCUUCCACAUCCACGACGAACCUUAGUGUGCCAACAUCUGCUAAUCCUUCUUCUACUUGCUUGACCGUGUCCAUCAAAGUUCAGAAUGUGACUGCAGAAGAAAUACAGCUCAGCUGGACCAGCAGCAGCAAAAGCAGCUUCUACAACAUCUCUGUCAAGGAUGGUGGAAAGGAGAUUCGUACAGCAACUACAAAUGAGACAAAAGCUGUGUUUCAAAACCUGCUUCCUGGCCAUGUGUAUGACAUUUCUGUGUCAGUGUCAUCCUGUGCUGAGAACAAUCCUGCUUCAGUCACUGUCCGAACAGAUUCUGGUUCCUGCUUCAAAAGAACUGAGUUGUGUUUAGCACAAAGUACUGGCUGUUCUGACUUGAAAAGCAUUGUAUGCUCCAAUAACCAAGCAUUUGCCUGCAGAGUUUGGUUAAAAAAUGAGACAUUUAAUAAUACACUUUAUAACUCUGAUAGUGAAAGCUACAUAACAAUGGCUGAACGUUUCAAAACAGAGGUUGUUGCAGCAAUGCACGCUGAACUGGGGAAUAACCACUCUGACGUUUUUGUGCUGGGGUUCAGACCUGGCAGUGUGAUUGUUGAUUUUCUCUUUCUGCUGCCAAAAGAAAAAGCCAUGGAUGUGGAUUAUAUACAGACCCACCUGAGUAACGUGCUAAGGAGCAAGUAUGGGAGCCAAAGUGAAGUGCAAACUCUGUCUGUUCAGUCAUCAACUGACAACAGCUCCUCCUGGAGAGUAGCAGUGAUUGUCCUUGGAGUUUUACUUGGAGUUGCAUUAGUGCUGAUUCUCCUGGCAAUAGUGUUUUACAUCCAUGUGAGGAGAAGAUCAGGUAUGGAUUUUUCCACAUUGUACACGUGGUAGAGUGAGGAACAGAGAAACUUCUCUUCAGCCUAUCCCCUAUAGGUACUGCAAUGACUCUUAACACUGAAAAUCUAGAGAGACAAGACCCAAACUACUCAAUACUGUAUUUAGGUGACACUGAAAACAGGGUGACUGAGCCUGGUAGCUGUGGCAGGUCACCUGAAUGCUCAGCUGAGCCCAGAGUCAUCCUGUUGAGUUUUGUGCACUUGCCCAAGGGUGAUUCACCUCCCCUGAGACUUUUAUCACUAUAUAAAAUUAUAUAUAUACAUACAUAUAUAUAUAUGUAUAAUAUAUGUAUAUAUAUUAAAAGGCAUAUAUAUACAUAUAUAUGUAUAUAUAUGCCUUUUUCUCUCCUGUGACUGCAGAAUGAGCCCAGAGUAAUUAACAUUAAAGCUUGAUUAGGAGUUUGGAGAAAAAUUGGAUACAUCUCUGUUAUGUGGACUUGCUAGAGAAGUCUGGUGGACCAGAAACUUGAUUAGGAGGCUCCUGAAUUCAAGGUUUCUAUAAUUGCUGGGCUAUGAAGAAAUAACUGCUUAUAUGUGUCAAAUGUAUAGCAUGCUAAAUACAGCUGUGCUUUCACAGCAUAAUCUCAGAGAUGGGGAAGGCAAACAUUAGGUUAAUUUGAGCCAAAAGUAUUUCACUCACCUAUUGUUGCCUGUCAGAAAUGGUUGGCUGAGCAAGGACGUGCCAUAUAAUGCAAUUUUAUCCUGGUGAAGAUACAUUCUGUCCCUACGAUGGUGGAGUUUUUCCUGCUUGGAAUGUGCUGAACAGAUGAUAAAGGGGCAGUUUACUGCUGUGCAUAUUUCCAGCAGGAUUUAUGUGUUUCAUUUCAAACCAGCUCUCCCUGUAUCUGUAUAUUUUGUCAGUCUGCCUACAUUUGGAAUUCCUGUUGAGGCACUGAGCAUCCCAUGAUGUUGAGGCCCUGGCUCACAGGCCCUGAACAGCCCUGGUUUUUGGGGGAUUAGGUUGUGGUUAUUUGGCACAGAUUAGAGUACACUGGUGCCAGAACUGCAGCACAAGCAGUGUGGAGGUGCACAAGCAACUCUGCUCUGCUCCAUGUGCAGCCAGCCUUCAUUCUUCUCAUCCCUCCUUCCCCGUGCUGUAACACAGCUCCUGGGACAGCCCUGCUGAGGAUCCUGUCUGGAAUAUUAUUUUUAGUAGCAGGGACCUAUGAAACAGGGUCUUGCAUGCCUUGCUCUCCCUUUCCUUCCAUGUAGGGUCAGCUUGUCUAUCCUGAUUAAGAUCUGGGGUGUGGAGUCACAGACACCUCACUGGUGGGAAGAGAGUGAUUAGUACUUGUUAAACUUACAUUAUGUGGCUUUUAAAUAUAGCUAGCUCUGGUGUUCUACUCACUGAGCAGUCACUCAACAAUGUAUUCUGUCAGUAAAUACAAGUUCUCCAGGGAGCUCCACUGAAAAUAAAAAUGAGUGCUCUCUUAUGUUAAUACUCCUUUAUUUCUUUUUUGAGGAAUCUGCUUUGAAUAGCAAAUCCUCAUUGUCAGUAAACCUUUCUGAUGUCCUUGUAAAUAGUGUUAAAUAGAGACCAUGUACAGCAGGCUUGAACAACCCUGGGACUGUUCAUGCAAAAUGUAUUUAAUGUCUUGGGGGGGAAAAAGAAGUGGUAUUUUUAACAAUUUUCUUGAAGAUGCUUUACAAAUAAAAUCUUUAUUUUUACAAUUGUG